CGGAUCUGCAGUGUCGGUGUACAGUAGCCGCCACCCGGCAAGACCUCCGGUUCCUCCUCUGAUCUGCCCUGCGGCGGGUAUUCUGGGAAGCGUGUCCCUCAGCGACCAGCUGUGUGGGAACGGGAUGUUGUCAAAGGUCUGAUCCGAACCCACCUGGAGCAGCUCCUCCGGUUUCACUGUGGGACGCCUGAGUGCGUCAGGAACAGCUGGCCCGCAGAGGCUGCCACAAGCGGGGAAAUAACGCUCACAGGCGGCUUAAGGAGAUACUUUUAUAUGAUUCCCAGGGAUUGAGGAUUUUGUGGAGUAUUUGUGCAAGCUCUGUCUAGGGAAUACCCGGUGUGGUCGUCUCCCUUCGCGAUGCAAAGAUGGCGAGCCUGCUCCCUCCCCCAGGCAUUAAGGUCUUCCGCCCGUUCACCCAGAAGUCACUGGCGGAAAUCAAGAGGCUCGCGGAGGAAAGAAGCAAAUCGCCAGAAGCAGGAGGCCACGACAAGGGAGAACCGGUGGGGCCACACCCUGACCUGGAAGCUGGAAAGAGUCUUCCCCUAAUCUACGGAGAUCCUCCUCCAGAGCUGCUGAACACGCCUCUGGAGGACCUGGACUCCUUCUACAAAGCCCAAAAUACGUUCGUCGUGAUCAGCAAUGGAAACACGAUCUACAGGUUCAACGCUGAGCCGGCUUGUUACAUUCUCACCCCCUUUAGUGUGAUCAGGAGAGGAUCCAUCAAAAUUCUCAUACAUUCAUUAUUUAGCAUGUUCAUCAUGAUUACCAUUUUAUCGAACUGCGUGUUCAUGACAAUGAGUAACCCACCAGCAUGGAGUAAAACUGUUGAGUAUGUUUUUACAGGAAUUUACACCUUUGAGGCAACAGUCAAAGUGUUGUCGAGGGGUUUCUGUGUUGGUUCUUUUACAUUCCUUCGAGAUCCAUGGAACUGGCUGGAUUUCAUGGUGAUCAGCAUGGCGUAUGUUACUGAGUUUGUUGACCUUGGCAAUGUGUCAGCCCUCAGGACAUUUCGUGUACUUCGAGCCCUAAAAACUAUUACAGUGAUCCCUGGUCUGAAAACGAUCGUGGGUGCCCUGAUCCAGUCUGUGAAGAAAAUGGGCGACGUCAUGGUGCUGACCGUCUUUGCCCUGGCGGUCUUUGCCCUCGUCGGCCUCCAGCUUUUCAUGGGAAACCUGCGUCAGAAAUGUGUGCGAUGGCCAAUUCUGUUGAAUGAAACCCUGUUGGACGUUUUCAACGCCACCACGGCUUUUAACGGCACGAUGCACUUCAACACUACCAUGGGUGUCAAUGAGUCAGUAUACUCCAACAGCACUUUUGAUUUCACUGAAUAUAUCGAAAAUCCAGAAAAUCACUAUUUUAGAGAAGGCUACCAAGACGCUCUAAUUUGUGGCAACAGCUCUGAUGCUGGAAAGUGCCCAGAAGGAUACACAUGUAUGAAGGCUGGAGGGAACCCUAACUAUGGCUACACCAGUUAUGACUCUUUUGGAUGGGCAUUCCUUGCUCUCUUCCGACUCAUGACACAAGACUUCUGGGAGAAUCUUUUCCAACUGACUCUAAGGGCGGCUGGUAAGACAUACAUGCUGUUCUUCGUGGUCGUCAUCUUCCUGGGCUCCUUCUACCUCAUCAACCUCAUCCUGGCCGUGGUAGCCAUGGCUUAUUACGAGCAGAACCAAGCAACUCAACUGGAGGCUAUUGAGAAAGAGGAGGAAUUCCAGCGGCUUUUAGAACAACUCAAAAAUCAAGAGCAGCAGGCGCAAUUUCACGGAAGCCAAGCCACCCUGACCAGUAAGAAGUCUCCAAGUCAACACACAUUAACCGAGAUGGGAGAUGACGAACAUGGUCUCAAACACAGUGAGACUGUGAACGACUGCAAUGGGAGAGUUAUUCCUCACCUGAUGAUCCGAGCACCCACUAUGGAUGAGUCUGCUGUAGAUUACGAAGUCAAGGAGAAGUCCCUGGGCUCUGUGCACAGUACGCUGCAUCUGGAUGAACCUGGCAUGAGACAGAGAUCCGCUAGUGCUGUGACGGUGAUUUCUGCAGUCGCCAUGGAAGCGUUGGAAGAGACUCAGAGACCCUGCCCACCUUGCUGGUACAAAUUUGCAAACAGGUUCUUGAAGUGGGAUUGCUGUGCCACCUGGAUUGUUUUUAAAAAGUGGAUGCACUUUGUGGUCAUGGAUCCCUUUGUGGACCUCACUAUUACCAUCUGCAUUGUGCUCAACACCCUUUUCAUGGCAAUGGAGCACUAUCCCAUGACCCCGGAGUUUGAGAACAUGCUCUCCGUAGGAAAUCUGGUUUUCACUGGGAUCUUCACGGCUGAAAUGUUUUUCAAGCUUGUCGCCAUGGAUCCCUACUACUAUUUCCAAGUUGGCUGGAACAUUUUUGACAGCAUCAUUGUCACUCUCAGCCUGGUGGAGCUAGGACUGGCAAAUGUCCAGGGUCUGUCAGUCCUAAGGUCAUUCCGUUUGCUUCGUGUCUUCAAGCUGGCAAAGUCUUGGCCCACGCUCAACAUGCUCAUUAAGAUUAUUGGGAACUCGGUGGGAGCUUUGGGAAACUUGACCUUGGUGCUGGCCAUCAUCGUCUUCAUUUUUGCAGUCGUGGGCAUGCAGCUCUUCGGAAAGAGCUACAAGGACUGCGUGUGCAAGAUCUCCGCUGACUGUGUGCUGCCGCGCUGGCACAUGCACGACUUCUUCCACUCCUUCCUCAUCGUUUUCCGCAUUCUGUGCGGCGAGUGGAUCGAGACCAUGUGGGACUGCAUGGAGGUGGCUGGACCUGCCAUGUGCUUAAUAGUCUUCAUGAUGGUCAUGGUGAUUGGAAAUCUAGUGGUAUUGAACCUCUUCUUGGCCUUGCUGCUCAGCUCAUUCAGCGGAGACAACCUCUCUGCAGGGGACGACGAUGGCGAGAUGAACAAUCUGCAGAUUGCUAUUGGGAGGAUCAAACGGGGCAUUCAUUGGUUAAAAGCUUUCCUAAUCCAAAGAAUCCUGCAAAUAUUUGGCAAAAAGCCCAAAGAGCCCGAUAAGGACACGACGGACGACGGUAGAAGCAAAACCGAGGAAAUUGAGAUGAACCAUCUGGACGCGUGUCUGACUCUGAAAGCGACAGACGGGGUAUCAGAUAACCCGGUGCAAAGCCAGCCCUCUGGGUCUGUUGUGGAUGGAGAAGUCAAUCUGAACGUCCCAAUCGCUGAAGCAGAAUCUGAUUAUGACAAUCUGAGUGAAGACGAUGACGAUGACGAUUACGACGAUGAUGAUGAUGAUGAUGAUGAUGAUGAUGAUGAUGAUGAUGAAGCUGAAGAUAUGGAUCUUUCUGAAAGCCCACUGCGGAGAGAUGAUGAGCUAAACACGAUUAUCCUAGAAGCUGAAAGCGGCAUCCCAGAGAAAAUCAAACACUAUGAUGGGGAUUCAUCAGUCUGCAGCACCGCUGACUAUCAACCUCCUGAGCCUGAACCCGAAAAGGAGGAAGAAGAGGAGCCAGGACCUAUGGAGCCAGAGGCCUGCUUCACUGACACCUGUGUGAGGAAGUGGCCAUGCUUGACGGUGGAUAUAACCAGUGACAAAGGCAAAAAAUGGUGGAAUCUUAGAAAAACGUGCUUCACCAUAGUGGAGCAUGACUGGUUUGAAACCUUCAUCAUCUUCAUGAUCCUCCUCAGCAGUGGGGCUCUGGCCUUUGAAGAUAUAUAUAUAGAAAGACGACGGACCAUCAAAAUAAUUCUUGAGUUUGCGGACAAGGUUUUCACCUACAUUUUUGUCAUUGAGAUGCUCCUCAAGUGGGUUGCGUACGGCUUCAAGACCUACUUCACCAACGCGUGGUGUUGGUUAGACUUUUUCAUCGUGGAUAUUUCCUUGAUUAGUUUAGUUGCAAACUGGAUGGGCUUCUCCGAUCUUGGUCCCAUCAAGUCCCUGAGAACCCUCAGAGCACUGCGGCCGCUCCGUGCGCUGUCAAGAUUCGAAGGCAUGAGGGUGGUGGUCAAUGCGCUAGUUGGAGCGAUUCCCUCCAUCUUCAAUGUCCUGCUGGUGUGUCUGAUUUUCUGGCUCAUCUUCAGCAUCAUGGGGGUCAAUUUGUUUGCGGGGAAGUUCUACCGUUGCAUCAACACCACCACAGAGGACCUGUUCCCCAUAACGGAGGUCAACAACCGAAGCGAGUGCUUGGCCCUUCAAGAAGCCACACAGGAGGCUCGAUGGGUUAACGUCAAAAUCAACUAUGACAAUGUGGCGAAAGGCUACCUCUCCCUGCUUCAAGUGUCAACUUUCAAAGGCUGGAUGGACAUAAUGUAUGCUGCCGUGGACUCAAGAGAGGUUGAGGAGCAACCAUCUUACGAAAUCAACCUUUACAUGUACAUUUAUUUUGUCAUCUUCAUCAUCUUUGGUUCCUUCUUCACCCUAAACCUCUUCAUCGGUGUCAUUAUCGACAACUUUAACCAACAAAAGAAAAAGUUUGGAGACCAAGACAUUUUUAUGACUGAUGAACAGAAAAAAUACUAUGAGGCCAUGAAGAAACUCGGUUCCAAGAAGCCACAGAAGCCAAUUCCACGGCCAACGAACCCUGUCCAGGGCGUGGUGUUCGAUUUCAUCAGUCAGCAGUUCUUUGACAUCUUCAUCAUGGUUCUAAUCUGCCUCAAUAUGGUGACCAUGAUGGUGGAAACAGACGACCAAAGCCCAGAGAAAGAGGAUUUUCUCUUUAAAGUAAACGUGGCCUUCAUCGUCGUCUUCACCGGAGAGUGCGUGUUGAAGCUGUUCGCGUUGCGGCAGUACUUCUUCACCAACGGAUGGAACGUUUUUGAUUUCGUUGUGGUCAUCUUGUCGAUAGCCGGUACGAUGCUCUCAGACUUAAUUGAGAAGUACUUUGUUUCCCCAACUCUCUUCAGAGUGAUCAGACUAGCCAGGAUUAGCAGGAUUCUGCGUCUUAUUAAAGGAGCUAAGGGUAUCCGGACUCUACUCUUUGCCCUAAUGAUGUCCCUUCCUGCCUUGUUUAACAUCGGUCUUCUGCUUUUCCUGAUUAUGUUCAUCUUCUCCAUAUUUGGCAUGUCAAAUUUUGCCUAUGUCAAGAAAGAAGCUGGAAUCGAUGACAUUUUUAACUUUGAGACUUUUGGUGGUAGCAUUAUCUGCUUGUUUCAGAUUACAACCUCUGCUGGCUGGGAUGGGCUUUUACUUCCAAUGCUGAACAGGGAAUUUCCGGACUGCGAUCCCGAAUUUGAGAAUCCAGGCACGGACGUAAAGGGAAACUGUGGAAACCCGGCGAUGGGUAUGAUGUUUUUCUGCAGCUACAUAAUCAUUUCCUUCUUGGUGGUGGUCAACAUGUACAUCGCCAUCAUCUUGGAGAACUUCAACGUGGCUCAGGAAGAGAGCGGUGACCUACUUUGUGAGGAGGACUUCGAGAUGUUCAACGAAACUUGGGAGAAGUUUGACUUGGACGGAACGAUGUUUAUUGAAUACAGCAGACUCUCAGAUUUUUGUGAUACUUUGCAGGAGCCUCUCAGGGUCGCCAAGCCCAACCGGCUUCGCUUGAUUGAAAUGGAUCUGCCACUGGUUAUCGGGGACAGGAUCCACUGCUUGGAUGUCUUGUUGGCCGUUACCCAGAUGGUCCUGGGGGACACGGUGGAGAUGGCCGCAAUGCGGGAGAGCAUUGAAGCCAAGUUCAUUCUGAGCAACCCCACAAAGGACUCCUUCGCACCAAUUACCACAACGGUGCGCCACAAGGAAGAGCAGCAAGCUGCCGUCGUCCUUCAACGAUCAUACCGCAAACAUCUUCUGAAGCGCUGCGUACGCCAGGCUGCCUUCAUGCACAGAUCGAAGAGGAUUGGUAGAAAUUACAAAGGUGAUGAUCCACCUGAAAAAGAGGGGUUGCUUGCACGAAGGUUGGGGGUUUUCUAUGGAAGUAAUACAGACCUUGCUGAUGAAAUGGAGCAAGAGGCUUUACAAACUCUAGCAAGCCAAGAACUCCUUGAUACAGACUGUGAAAUGGCCCAGUGUGGUCAGAGGCCUCCUGCGCAGAACAUCAUUGUUGUUCCUGCUGAAAUUACCAGUCAGGUGUUGUCACAUUCGCCCCCAACCAACAUCCGUUAAUCUUGCAAGACAUCUGAGAACCACUUGUAUGACAAACUAAUUAACUAUGUGUUUACCCUUGUUGCGUCUUUACCAACAAAGCAGUGCCAUUAACACAAAUGUUUACAGGCUUCCCACUUUAAAAAUGCUUCUAACUGUUUAUACCUUCCUGUUGCUACCAACGCCUUAAAGACCCUUUUCCUGUUUAUGAAAACCAUGUCUCAUUCAGGUUGAAGAUAAAACUCAAGUUUCCAAUGAUAACGAUCAAUGAAGGGGAAAAUAGAGAGAUAAUUCAAAAGGAAUUUCUGAGAAUUUUCAAGUCAUCAAUAAUAUAUAGUUUAUAUAUGUUUCUUUGCCUUUAGACUUAAAACAUUUCUAGAGUUAUUUCUUUUUGGAGUAAUACCAGUCUGGACCACAAAUUGCCAAUUUAGAUGAACUAAAUAAUCAAAUAAAACGCGAUAGUGCCCCACUGUGAGUUUUGAAACACCAUGUUUGAAGUAUUGGGGUUAUUUUCCUGAAUUAAAUUCAACUAUGAGAUGAUUGCUGGAGAUAGGCACCAGCACCCUUCGCGAGCCCAACAGGGAUAAACGUGUAGGAAAAUGAAUGGAUGGAUGGAAGAUGAUUGCUAAUAUCCUGCUUUUGUCAAAUUUGGCAAAGAAAGAUUAAAACUAUAGUCAUAAAGGGAUGAAAACAGUAUUAACCCUGUUUUCCCCCACCCUUGUUUAGGUCUAUUUACAUAAUGAAUGACCUUGCUUUCCGAAUUGAAAUGACUAAGGAGGUUGCAAGCGCACCAUUACAUCGUUCAGUCAGGUCUGAAAGCAAACAGGGCAAAGGUCUUAUGGGUUACAACCUGGUCUUGGAGGUCUGGGGGGGUCCUUACUUUAUGAAGUCCCACGCAACUUGAGGCACCUCUGGAUCAUUGCAAAACAUAAAGGAAUUUGAUAACUUCAUGGUUCACUAAAGCUUUUCCCCAUAAGGGUGCAUAGGUUUUUAUAUGUGUAGAUAGAUGACUAUGAUCUGUAGUGUAAAAGCACUUCAAGUGGCCAAUUAAAUUUUGUUGUAAGUUUAAAAAAAAUGGUAGGAUUUCCUGAAUGUUGUGCUCAGUGACACAGCUAAUUCCUAUUAGCAGUAUGAAUUAAUUAAUGUCAUGUUAAUUAAUGUAUUCAUCUGUAUUUCCUGCAUUCUGAGAUCUAAAGGAAGAUGUUCAUACGUUGAUGUCCAACGUCUGCAACUAACUUAAUGAGAUACAGCCAUCAGGAGUGCAAAUAAACUAUUUAUUCCUGUCACUUUUACCUUGCAUAAACGCAGCUGCCAUUUUGGAUUUUGAUGUCCAGGCUAAACAGAAACCUCACGCUUGCCAAGUCUGUAUUCAGCAAUUAAGAAAGUUAAUAAACUUGUCUUAAAAAGCCUGUUUGGCACAACACAGCUUUAAUGUGAGAGCGUGAGAGCUGCACAUGUUCAAUAUUUGAUGGGCCAAUCCCUAUUCAUGCUCCUGUUACAAUAAAGGUCCCCACUAUAAAGUAUGUGACGUUGUAUUAGAACAGAGUAUUUUAUUUUCCAUGUUCCUAGUCAGUAAAUAUAUAAAAAAAACCUUACAAAAGACGAAGAUUUGACUUGUUAGAGGGGCCCUUCACCAACCCCAAACCCAAAAUGACUACCUCACAUUAUGCCGAAUUUGAUAGCUGUUGUGAUAAAAACAGUUUAUUUGCACUUUUGUUAGAUUGCAUCAUACUGCUGUACAUCUGCCCGUUAAACAUGCUGCUUCUCUGUUCUGGAAAAACGCAGAAAAACACAGUUUUGAUUUGUUUCACUGAGCAAGCGAACGAGCAAAUGCCACAAUUUUUCCAACUUCCAGUUUUAACCCUUUUAGAUUCAGAUUUUUGAAUUUUGAAGGUAAACGUAACUCAGACUUGAUCCCUAGAUUUUCCAUUAGGAGUUGUUUUGUAUAUAUGUAUAAUAGUAUGUGGGGGUUGAAAAAAAAGGUAUGCUGACAGUGUUAGUAACUAGUAGAGUCAUUCAGGUCCUCUUCAUAUUGCACUGAAUCCUGUACAUGUUGAAAUUACUGCAGUUGUCUAAUGGUAACAAUUUGUAUAUCCUACUAAAUUCUUCAAAGACUUGUCCUAGUUUUAUGAAAUCCUUUAUUUUUAUUGUUUCAUCUCAUGACAGGAUAAAAGUUUAAACAUUAGCUUCAAUUCUGAUGCCUUAACUCACUUAAAAUAAUUCUGUCUUUUGAAGCAAUAUUUCUACAAAGGUGCCUUGGUAUCUGUUGUACAUUUGUAAAUAACCUUAGGCAAAGACUUUGUCUUUACCACUUGAUCUUUUUAGGGUUAUGAAACCUUUGAUGCAAAACACAGUAGAUGGUCGCCUUGGUGAAAUAUUUGAAUCGAAGACUAAAUGAAUACACCAGUUUGGAAGUAUAGCUUCUUUUUUGUAUUGAAAAACUAAAAUCAAGCACUAAGCAAAAGUCCUCAGCUUUUUUCUUUUUUUUUUCACUGAAAAGGAAAAACUGUCUUACGAGCCUUUAAAACAUUGUCUUAGUCAAUGCCUCUGUAGACUUUUUCAAAGUCUGAACUUCCUUUAGACUUGGGCUGCUUUUUUCUUUUUGUUACCUUUCAAACAUAUAUUGCAAAACCUCUUUACAAGACUGUGAGGAAGUUAAACGCCUGGAGGACUGAACAUGAAGACACACCUUUCCACCCUACUAGACCUAAAGUUAACAUUGACUGUGUUAUUCUGUAUGCACUGUGCGUGUUUAACGGCGCUGUUCUCGUGUCUGUCCUGAUGCAAAAAGGUCACUUGCGUAAGUCUUAACUGAAUUUCAAAUGUCUUACUGCAAACAUUUGGCUCUGUGUGGAAGCUUUAGGCAAAACUUUAUGCUGUGGGUAAUUUCUGCCGAUUCAACACACAAAAAAAAAUCUAUAAUCGAUCCAUUAUCAAAAUGAAGUAAUUUACUACCAUUUAAUGUAUAUAUAUAUAUAUAUAUAUAUAUAUAUAUAUAUAUAUAUAUAUAUAUAUAUAUAUAUAUAUAUAUAUAUAUAUAUAUAUAUAUUAAAUGGUGGUAAAUUUUGUCUUGAUGAAAUGUAAAGUUGGGUGUGGCGCAAACUAAAAUAUCAUACUAUUGAAUAAAGAAUAGCUAUCUGGUUGUCUGACGUGCCCAAAACAUUCUGCACAGCGUUGUUUUAACCAUGAAUAAACUAUGCACUUUCACAGUU